UAGAGUGUGAAAUUAUAUCCACCCAAAUUACAUGUCACCCUAAUUAAAUACACCCAGAAACACCAGUGCAAUCUCCUUCUCCUCACCACGCCGUCAAGCGCCGCCGCAAGUCUGAACCACCAUUGCGAAUUGCUUUCCUGUAAUCGAACCUCCUUCCUCCUAUCGAACAAGCACGUGAUCUUCCUCGGACCACCACCACCGCAGGCUUUGGGAUCCUCCGCCGUCGCAAACACCAGAAGAGAAAAGUGAAGAGGAACCAAGAACAGGAAGAGGGAGAGGAAUCCCCAAUUCUAUUGAACUCCAUCGUCUUCUUCUCGUCGUUUUCAGGUUACCACAGCUACGUGCCAAUCGUUUAACCGUCAUCGUCUACCUUGACUGAAAGUGAUCAUAUAGCUGAGAGAGAGAGAGAGAAGCAUUUGAUGAUGGGUAGUGACCUUGAUGACGAAGUGAAUGGAAGAAUGGAAGAAGAAGAAGAUCAUUAUGUAGAAGGAGGAGAAGAAACUGCAGUAGAGGAAGAAGAUGAUGUGGAUGAAGAAGAAGAAGAAGAGGAGGAGGGAGAGGGGGAAGGGGAAUUCAGAUUCAAAGACGGGAUCAGCCCUUUCGACGUUGUUGAUAAGUACGAAUCUCUCGUCGGCAACAAACAAAAUGCACUUGAACAAUGCCAGCGGGAAGAUGAUGUUUCUGGUGCAUGCUUUGCUGAGAUAAUGGAAACAAUGUAUUCGAGGCCGCACAAGAGAUCAAGGAAGAUGGAGCCUAAAAAAAGAGGUAGGCGAAAAGGAUCAAAGAAAAAACUCGACCCAAAGCUAACACGAAUGUUGGGUGAUGCCACACUUCACUAUGCAUGUGGCCAUUAUGACAAGGCUAUAGCUGUGCUGCAUGAAGUUGUUAGGCUGGCACCCAAUUUGCAGGAUGCGUAUCACACUCUUGGACUUGUCUAUAAUUCACGUGGAGAUUACAAAAAAGCUAUGGGGUUUUACAUGAUUGCUGCUCACUUGACUCCGAAGGAUUCAUCGCUUUGGAAACAACUUUUUACCUGGUCCAUAGAACGUGGUUAUAUUGGCCAAGCUAGUUUUUGUCUAUCAAAAGCAAUAACAGCAGAUCCCAAAGAUAUGACUCUUAGAAGUCAUCGUGCAAUGCUCUAUGUUGAACUUCAAGACUAUCAAAAAGCUGCUAUGGAAUGUGAACAAUUAUAUCAACUUUGUCAUGAAAAUGUUGAUGCACUAAAAGCAGCAGCUAAGUUCUACCAAAAGUGUGGUAAAGUUGAAUGCGCAGUUGGCAUUCUUGAAGACUAUCUUAAGACUCAACCUGAUGGAGAAAAUGCAAGUGUACUUGAUCUACUGGGUGCCAUAUUGAUGGAAACUAAGGCCUAUGACAAAGCGCUUCAGUAUUUUGAACAUGCUCAAAUGGUAAAUUCAGGAAAAGAGUUUCCUUUGAGUUUGAAAAUUAAAGCUGGAAUCUGCCAUAUUCAUCUUGGAAACAUGGAGACGGCACAGGGUUUCUUCAAUGAUUUGAAACCAGAGAAUGCAAGGGAGCAUUCUGACUUGGUCACUGAGGUUGCGGACUCAUUAAUGGCUCUUGAACAUUAUAAUUCUGCAUUGAAUUAUUAUCUGAUGUUGGAACGACCGUGUGGAAACGAAAAUGAUCAUCUGUAUCUGAAAAUUGCUAGAUGUUACCUAUCCUUGAAAGAAAGAUUACAAGCAAUUCUCUAUUUUUCCAAAGCUCUAGAAACACUACAAGAUGAUGUUGAUGUACGCUUAAAUUUGGCUUCCCUUCUGCUUGAAGAAGCGAAAGAAGAUGAAGCCAUCUCCUUGUUGUCUCCUCCACAGGAUUCUGAGUCUUCUGAAGCACAUUCUGUGAAGUCAAAUAGAUGGUGGACUGAUGUAAAAAUAAAACUGAAACUUGGCAACAUAUAUCAAAAUAAAGGGAUGCUUGAUGAUUUUGUGGAUGCGAUUUUCCCUUUGAUACGUGAAUCACUGUAUGUUUCAACUCUUAGACAAAAGGGUAAAUCAAAAAAGCGCCUCUCCAAGAGAGAUCUGGUUGAAAGGGUCAGGGUACUGGAUGUUCAAGAAGAGGAUAAUGUAUUUCAAGGAUUCAGGCCGAUAGCUACACCUGCUGAUCUGUUGAAAGCUUCCAGGGCAAAGAAGUUGCUAGAGAAGAAGGCAAUGGAGAAGGAGAAAAGAAAGGCUGAGGCACUAGCCUCUGGAGUUGACUGGCUAAGUGAUGAUUCAGAUGAUGAGCCUCAGAAAGAAAACAAAGAACCUCCCAGGUAUAAUCUUCUCAAAGUUGAGGAACAUCACCAGCUAAUAAUUGAUUUGUGCAAAGCUUUAUCAUCCUUGCGAAGGUAUGGGGAAGCACUGGAGAUUAUUAAUCUCACUCUAAGAUUGGCUCAUACUUCCCUAUCUGCUGAGAAGAAAGAGGAGCUUCGAUCUCUUGGAGCUCAAAUGGCAUACAACAACACAGAUCCUAAACAUGGAUUUGAUUGUGUAAAAUACAUUGUUCAGCAGUAUCCACACAGUGUCGCAGCUUGGAAUUGCUACUACAAGGUUAUCUCGAGAUUGGAAAAUCGAGAUACAAGACACUACAAAUUUAUACGUGGUAUGCAAGGAAAAUUUGCAGAUUGUGUGCCUCCUAUCCUCAUUUCUGGGCACCAGUUUACCAUAUUUAGCCAUCACCAAGAUGCCGCAAGGAAAUACCUUGAAGCUUAUAAACUUUUGCCUGAGAAUCCUUUGGUUAAUCUUUGUGUUGGAACAGCCUUGAUCAACUUGGCAUUGGGUUUGAGACUUCAAAAUAAGCAUCAAUGUGUUUUACAAGGUUUAGCAUUCCUCUACAAUAAUUUGAGGAUCUGUGAGAACAGCCAGGAAUCCUUGUACAACAUAGCUCGCGCAUUCCAUCAUGUUGGAUUAGUAACUCUGGCAGCUUUAUAUUAUGAGAAAGUGAUUGCUAUUUGCGAGAAAGACUAUCCAAUCCCAAAACUUCCCAAUGAGGCUCCAGAUGUCAUGGAAAAUCGUAAACCCGGUUACUGCGACCUUCGUAGAGAGGCGGCUUUUAAUCUGCAUCUGAUUUACAAGAAGAGUGGAGCUCUUGAUCUUGCUAGACAAGUUCUUAAAGAUCAUUGUACUUUGUGAAUUUUCAUGAUGCUUACAAAUGAUGAUCAUAUUCAAUGCUGGUAUAUGCCAUUCCAUUAUGUACAAAUAAUCUUAUAAACACAUACAGACUACAGUGUAUUUAUUAGGUUUCUAUGGUUUCUGUAUAUGAUGAUAUUCAUUUUUUUAUCAAGUUACAAGAAACUAUGAGCAA